AGACUAAAAAAUGUCUAAAAAUCCGUAUAACAAUAUGCCAGGACCACGUGGCCCGAUGAUGGGAGGUCCGGGUUCAAUGUGUGGGCCAGGAGGGCCCAUGGGUGGUCCAGGGUCGAUGGGUGGUCCCGGAUCAAUGGGCGGACCAGGGUCCAUGGGUGUUCCAGGAUCCAUGGGUGGUCCAGGACCCAUGGGUGGUCCAGGACCCAUGGGUGGUCCAGGACCUAUGGGAGGUCCAGGAUCAAUGGGUGGUCCCGGAUCCAUGGGCGGUCCAGGAUCCAUGGGUGGUCCCGGAUCCAUGGGUGGUCCCGGAUCCAUGGGUGGUCUAGGAUCGAUGGGUGGUCUAGGAUCAAUGGGUGGUCCAGGAUUAAUGGGAUCGAACACUGUUGGGAUCAAAGGAGGACAAGGAUCUCUAGUAAGUACUGGAGGGAUGAGCCCUAUGUCAGGAGGUCAGCCUGGGAUGGGACCAGUCUCUGGAUCAAUGCCUACAAGUGGAAUAGGAUCUGGACCAGGAUCAAUGUCUGGAGGCUCCGGGAUAAUGUCCGGUGGACCAGGAUCAAUGUCUGGAGGACCUACUUCUAUGACAAGUGGACUAGGAGUGCCAGGAUCCAUUGCCGGAGGAAUGAGUCCUAAUUCAAGCUCAAUGGCUUCAUCCCAAAGCUCUCUAAUGGGUGGACCUCCAACUAUAUCCAGCAGUUCAGGAGGUCCAGUUCCUAUGUCAAGUGUGUCAGGAGGUCCAGUCCCUAUGUCAGGUGUAUCAAGUGGACCCGGGACUAUGACUAGUGUAUCAGGUGGUCUGGGUUCAAUGCCUGGUGGACCUGGAGGGAUGGGAAGGGUUGGGAUGAAUAUGCACGGAAUGACCGGAUAUCCUCAACGUCCUACCGGAGUAGGAGGACCUGGAGCUAGAAUGAUGGGAGGAGGAGGAAUGAGUAUGCCGACUGGACAGUAUGGUAUUGGAGGUUUAGUCAGACCUGGUCAAGGAAUGAUGGGAGGACGGAUGCCAACUCCAGCUCCGGGUAUGAUGGGGCUAGGGAACCAGACCCAGUCUCCUGGACAAUCAAACUUACCUGGAAAUAUAUCAGUUGAUCCAUCAGGAGACACCGUAUCCAAUGUUGAGAAUAGUGCUGGUAUGCAGCAGCAGAAGGAAGUUAACACCAGCACCAUCUGUCGGAUUGGUCAGGAAACUGUUGAGGAGAUUUCUGCCCGGACUCUUGAAGUAUUUUCUAUUCUCAAAUCCCUUCAGCCUCCGAUUGGACAGAGUCAGACUCAGCAGAAUGAUAGGGGAAACCUAGAUAAACAGAAUAGACUGCAGGAAGUACUGAAAGGUAUCGGAAUGCUGUUUAAACGUCUCCGAGUUUGUUGGGACAAAUGCCACGAGAGCACAGCUUCGAUGGAACACCCUGCUUUAAUAUCCCUUAUACCGAUGAGAGAUGAACAGGAACAGAAUAGAUCAGAUCUAGAGAAGAAGAGAGGAGAAUCUUAUAAAUCCGCACUGGAGGAACAUAACGAACUGAUACAGCAGAUAGUUCUGAAGAACAGACACCUCAAGGAUAUUAUUGAUCAGAUGCGUAAUACUAUCUGGGAGAUCAACACUAUGCUCGCCAUGAGAACUUGAAUUCCGGAUUCUCCAUUUUGUUAUUUGGAUGUAUUUAAGACAAUUUUUAACAAAACCGCUCCCGCCCCCUCUCAUAACUCCCUAUUCCAACAUUUGGCUGUGAUUUUUUAUAAUUUAAUAUAACCUGUACAGUUGUUUACGGAAAUUAAAAUAAAUCUGAAAAAAAC